AUGGCCAUGACCAAGCACCUACUUAUUCUGUCAACCGGACAGCAUGUGGGCAAAACGACGCUGAGUCUUGGGCUUGUCAAGACUCUACAGGCAAAAUUUGAGGGCACGAAAAAGCAUGUGGCGUACUGCAAACCCGUGGGACAGCAGCACGUGCCAGUAGGUGGAGAUUUGCGCGUGGACAAGGACGCAUUUCUAUUCAAGGAGUAUUUCGGGCUCGUGCAAUCUUACAAGGACAUGUCGCCUGUCAUUUUUCCUAAUGGCUUCACGCGUGACUUUAUCGACGGUAAAGUAACAUCAAAGCAGCUCAUGAACUCGAUUCUUGUCGCGCACAAGAAUCUGUACAAACAGAGCGACUUUCUUGUCUGCGAAGGAACUGGGCAUACGGGCGUAGGGUCCAUCUGUGAGCUCAAUAAUGCACAGGUUGCAGCGGAGCUCGGCAUUGAUGCGAUUUGUGUUGCUCUUGGCGGUCUUGGCUCGUCUUUUGACCAGCUGGCCAUGAAUCGAGAGAUGCUGAAGCAAAAUAAUGUUCGCCUACGUGGCGUGGUCCUGAAUAAGGUAAAUCCAAGUAAAAUGGACAUGAUAAAGGAUUAUUAUUCACGAGCGCUUAAACGUUGGGAUGUCCCACUUAUUGGCUGCAUUCCUGAUUUACGGGAUUUGUCAUGCCCAACAAUGGCAGACUACGCUAAGCUGCUAAAGUCCGAUCUCAUUGCUGGUAGCAAUGCCAGUUUACGUUAUUUUAAUAGCACACGUCUGGCGCUGGCUCCUGUGGACGACAAGAAUCUUUUUAAAGCUAUUCCCAAUCAGCUCGUUAUCACGCAUAGCGGCCGUCAGGAUGUAAUCGAUGCCAUCAUUGGUAAUCAAAAAGAAUCCACAUCUCACGGUAGGAACCUCAAGUCUGGCCUCAUUCUUACCGGGUGGAACCCGCCCAGUGCUGAACUUGCUCAACGGCUCGACGCAGACAAUAUUCCGUGUAUAUACGUCUCGCCUGAUAAGGCAGAUAGCUACACCAUCACAGCCCGCGUUGCACAAUUCACAGCCAAGAUUCGUCGGGAAGACGUUGAGCGUAUAAACUUGGCGGCGGAUCACGUCUCUAAGCACUGUAACUUUAGCAUUCUUGGAAUCUGA